AUGCAAAACACGAGGAAGGACUACAGUAGAGAAUUUAGCAGCCUUUUGACUCAAGAAGAUGACGGUGACUAUGUUUUGUCAAGAACCAAUUUUCUUGGGUAUGAGUCGAAAAUGGUUGGGUUAUCAGACGAAUUUGACCAUCUCAGAGAGAAAGUUGUAAGACGGAUUUCAGUAGAGGUAGACCAUCAACAUUUCUUGUUAUCUGGGAUGGCCGGCAUCGGCAAGACCACCCUGGCAAAGAGAAUCUUCCAAGUCCCGUCAGUUUCAAACCAGUUCGACCUUCGCCUGUGGGUCCCCAUUGGCUCUAGAUACCGGUUAGAAGAAAUCUUGAGGUGUAUCAUGGGUCAAGUGAGUGGUGACCGCGAAACUCUUCCAGAGAGGGGAUUGGCCGAGUUUGUUUCUGGAAAACUAAAAAGCAAGUCAUACCUUGUGGUGUUGGAUGAUAUAAAAGUGCAUCAGGUUUGGUAUGAGUUGAAAAAGUUGUUCCCAGACAACAAGAAUGGGAGCCAGGUCCUGGUAACAACCACUACUGGAAAAAUCAUUCUUUCAUCAUGA